AGCUGUCACAUUGUAUCGUCACCGUCGUCCGAGACGAACGGUCGGACGUUGAUUUUGUUUUUCUUUUUUUUUGCAACACACAAGAGGAUGGACGACAUCAGUGAUAUCCACUACGGUCCGUUGCCACCGGAUUCACCGUACGUGAAACCAUUCCGGUUUCACUACACCCAAAACGGGAAGGCCAAAUCGUGGGAUUUGCUAAAAGUGCACGAUUCCGUUUCGAUUGUCAUCUUCAACGUCAGCCGACAGCGGUUGGUUUUCGUCAAACAGUUCCGACCCGCUGUCUAUCACGGGCUGGUGAGUGCGGAAGCGGGAACCGAUGGAACCAAAAUUGACCUGAAAAAGUAUCCUCCUUCGCUGGCUGUGACGUUGGAACUUUGCGCUGGCAUAGUGGACAAACCCAUUUCUUGGGUCGAGAUCGCUCGGGAGGAAGUUCUGGAAGAGUGCGGAUACGACGUUCCAGUCGAACGGUUGGAAGAGAUUAUUAGCUAUCGAUCCGGAGUCGGAACUUCGGGAGCUUUACAAAAGAUGUUCUACGUGGAGGUCACCGAUGGGGACAAAGUACCGUCGGCUGGGGGUGGCGUCGACGAUGAGAUUAUCGAGGUUGUCGAGUACAGCCUGGAAGAGGCACGGAAUCUGCUACAGAAGGGCAAAAUGCUGAGCAGUCCGCCGGCAUUCCUGUUCGGAGUGCUGUGGUUUUUAACGCAUAGAGCCCCAGGUUGCACCUCCUAAGGUUUCGUUCGUACUACUAAAGAGAUUGUAGCUGCACCGUGUAAAUUGUGUGAUUAAUUAUAUUCGUUUUAGGAUUGGAUUAUAAGAAAUGCAGAGCACUUCGAUAUUGUA